UUAUACGUUCAAAGGUGCACAAGAAGCAGCUGUUGAUAGUUGAUUUGUAUCUAAAAAUAUUUAAAAGUUUUCUACAAAUUAAGAAAAUAUUACGCAAUUUUUGAGAUGUUAAUUUAAAAUAGAUUAAACUUGUCUAUUUAUCAAAAGAUAAAAGCGAGACUAUCAAAACUAUAAAAGUUUAAUUUUUGGACAAUAUUUUAUAAAACUGUGCAAGUUAUAGUUAGCUGAAACCUCAAUUCCUGAUAGAUAGUGUUUCUGGAUAGUGCAAAAUGUCAUAUUUUCUUACAGAAGAAGUAAAAUCCUGGAUUCAACAAUCCGUAGGUACUGAAAAUUGUAUUAUCACCAUAGAAAAUACGACCCAGAAAGGAGAAGGAUAUGUUGGAGAUUUUAUUUUUGCAAAAGUUGAACUUCAGUCCAAUGAAGGCAGGGUUGCAGAUGAUACAACUCUAUUUGUAGCUUUAAAACGCAAUAAUCAGAAUUCAUCCGCUCAAAAACAAAUUUCUGCAAUUCACGAAUUCUGUAGAAGGGAAGUGUACCUGUACGAUACCAUCAUUCCAGCAUAUCAAAAGUUUCAUAAAAGUAAGACGCUCCAAGAUGAUUAUUAUAUAGUUCCAAAGUGUCACAAAGCAUUUUUGGAAGGCGAAAACAACGUUGUAGUUUUAGAAAAUCUUAAAAAGAAAGGUUAUGUGCUGCAGCAAAGAGACAAACCGCUGAACUCUGAUCAAAUCAAAUUGUGUUUAAAAUCUUACGCCAAAUUACACGGUUCGGCCUUUGCAAUGAGAGACCAAAAUCCAGAAGAAUUUAAAAGGAUUUCUAAAGACUUGCAUCCUUUGAUUAGCGAAGCAUUUACUAAUUUUAAAGCAGUCUUUGAUAGGAAAUCAAUUGCUAUAGUCGAUACAUUAAAAGAAGCUGGAAGAGAAGACCUGUAGGUUAGAUUUAAAAAGUUUGAUGGCGAAAAGAGUAUUUUUAGCCGUUUUCUUGAAGCAUGCGAUGGUACUUCAGAUGAGAAAGUAAUUAUUCAUGGUGACUGUCAUAAUGCUAAUAUGCUGUUCCUAUUUAAAGACAACGCCAGGAGUAACCCCCAACAUGUAGCUCUGAUUGAUUUCCAAGUAACGUGCCUUCAUUCACCUAUAUUGGAUAUAUCAGCCUUUCUGUAUUUAAACCUUUCGAGUGAAGAAUUUCCGCAGUUAAAAAUUUUUUUGGAUUUCUAUUACAGCGAAUUAUCGUCUUAUUUAAAAGAACUAGGCAGUGACGUAAAUAAAUUGUUUCCAAAACAAGUUAUGCAAUCACAUUUAAAACAAUUUCUUCAUUAUGGAUUUUGUCUAGCAGUACCGUUUUUGGAAAUAAUGUAUGUAGAUAAUGAAGAUGCACCCCCUUUGAUUGAUGAGGAGACCAACGAGAUAAUGGGAGGUCUUAAGGACCUUAAGUUAAAGUCAAGGGAUGAAUAUUUAAGACGUCUUGUUUCUAUGGUGGAUAGCUUUUUUAAUAGUGGAUAUGUUAAUUUGUAAUACUAAAAUAUUCAAUUACCUGUAUAAAGGACUAAAGUCA